AUGAAAUCCCUACUCCCACUUACGACAUUCGCUGCCUUGGUGGCAGCGGCGCCCAAGAUUCUCAUCUGUUCCGACAGCACAACCGCAAACUACGCUACAGACUCUGUGCUACAAGGUUGGGGAUAUUAUCUCCAUGAUUACCUGUCCAUCUCAGUAUCCAACCUCGCUGUCAAUGGUCGAUCUACCCGAUCAUAUAUCAACGAGGGUCUCUGGGCGAAUCUCCUUUCCCAAACCAACGUCGGAGACUAUGUUCUAAUCGAGAUGGGCCACAACGACGACGUUGACCCAACCACCGAUACAAAGGACCGCGGCACCCUUGCCGGCAUCGGCGACCAAACCGUCGUCGUCACCACCUCCCAAGGCACUCAAGAAACCGUCCACACCUUCGGCUGGUACCUCCACAAGAUGAUUGCCGAUGUCAAGGCCAAGAAGGGUGUCCCCAUUAUCUCCGGCAUGGUGCCGCGCAACUACUGGAAGAGCAACACACUGCAGGCAGACUGGCCCUUCGCCGACUACGCCAAGCAGGUCGCCACUGCCGCUGGCGUCCAGUACAUUGAGCACACUAAGUACUCGGUCGCCAAGUGGCAGGCCAUGGGCCCCACCAAGGCGAAGACCUUCUACCCCAACGACAACACGCACACUAAUCCCGCCGGUGCCAUUGCCAACGCCGAUGCCUUUCUGCAGGCUGUCAACUGCGAGAAGAACGUAGUGCUGAAGCAGUAUGAAAACGCAAAGGGCAAGUCCAUCACCUGCUAG